AAUACAUGCCGUUUUUUCUUCACAUGCAUGCAUUUUGAAAAAUUCAUCCGUUUUCAGUCAAUUUUAAGGAUAAUUUUAUUUGAUUGUAAAUAUGUUGGUCCUUCUUGAAUCAGCCUCGGGAUUUUAUAUCUUCAAGGUUAAUGAUGAAUCGAAGCUAAAUCAACCUGCCAAUUUGUACAAAGAAUUUGAGAAUGCAAAAAAAGCAACCAAAUUAUUGUCAUUUGAAUGUAAUCAAAAAUUCAAAGAUGCUACUGAUGCUUUGACAUCAACAACGGCCUUGAUUGAAGGAAAAUUGAGCAAAAGAUUGAAAAAAUUUCUUUCGAAAAAAGUUUUAUCAGUCUAUUCGGAUGAGACAUUGGCUGUUGCCGAUGCUAAAUUAGCUGGAUCCAUCAAAGAAAAACUUGAUAUUCAAUGUGUUACUAGUAAUGCAGUUCAGGAGCUUAUGACAUGCAUUCGAAUUCAUUUACCCGAACUAGUACCAGAUUGGAAUGAAGACGAAGAGGCAGCCAUGCAACUUGGAUUAAGUCAUGGACUUGGUCGAUAUAAACUGAAAUUCAGUCCGGAUAAGGUGGAUACUAUGAUCAUACAGGCAAUUUCUUUGCUUGAUGAUCUCGAUAAAGAACUAAACAAUUAUAUAAUGCGAGCCAAAGAAUGGUAUGGUUGGCAUUUUCCUGAAUUAUCUAAGAUUAUUGCAGAUAACAUUGCCUAUAUCAAAACUGUCAUGGCUAUUGGAAUGCGAACAAAUGCUGUGAAUACCGAUCUUUCCGAAAUCAUUCCUGAAGAUAUUGAAGCUCAGGUCAAGGAAUUAGCAGAAGUUUCUAUGGGUACCGAAAUCGCUCCUGAAGAUUUAAUUAAUAUUCAAGCAUUAUGUCAAAAUUGCUUAGAUUUGCAUGAAUAUCGUGCACAAUUAUUGGAAUAUCUAAAAAAUCGUAUGAUGGCUGUAGCACCGAAUCUAACCAUUUUGGUUGGAGAAUUGGUAGGAGCUCGACUUAUAUCGCAUGCAGGUUCGUUGUUAAAUCUUGCAAAACAUCCAGCAUCCACUGUUCAAAUAUUGGGAGCAGAAAAAGCCUUGUUUCGAGCAUUGAAAACCAAACAUGACACACCUAAGUAUGGUCUCAUUUAUCAUGCUCAACUUAUUACUCAAGCUAAUACCAAGUUGAAGGGCAAAAUGUCUCGUAUGUUGGCAGCAAAAGCAGCCUUAGCCAUUCGUGUUGAUGCAUUGGGAGAAGAAUCGAGCAAUGAAUUGGGAUUACAGAAUCGAGCAAAAUUGGAAACACAACUCAAAUUUCUUGAAGAAGGAAAUAUUCGUAGGAUCAGUGGAACGGGUAGACAACAACGACAACAGCAUCCUCAAAAAUUUGAAAACAAAUCAAAAGUUAUGAUCUACAAAGAUGGUGCUGAUUCGACAUUCGUUCCAAAAAAUAAACGAAAAACUUUUGACCAAAAUCAGGAUGAUGAGGCUACUCCAUCAACAUCAACUCCAGCAGUCGAAGAGUCGAACGAACAAGAAGAAAUGAUGGAAGAGCAAACAAUCGAUGAUGACCAAGAAACAGCAUCGGCAAAAAAGAAAAAGAAGAAAAAUAAAAAAAUGAAAAAAGAAUCCGAUGAAUGAGACACUUAUAAUUGUAUUUGGAUCAGAAAUUAAUUUCAUCAUCAUAUUAAACACCAUUAAAUUUUUAGAUCGAGUGUGUACAAAUCUGCUCGUUUUUUUCA